CCCAACAUCAAAGAAUGCUUCUCACAUGUGAUUGAAGACAACUCAGAUGAAUGCGUGACAAUUGGAAAAGAGGGAGAGCCAAAUAUGUUAGCACUUGCUCCAGCUGCUAGUAUCGCGAUCUACUAGGUCUUUGGUAGGAGCGGUCGAUAUAACAAGAAUAUGUAAGUGAUAUGGCUCUCCAAAAGGCUGGAGACGAAGCAUUGCAUUCGUGUUUUCUCGAAGAUAGGAAGGAAUUCAUUCCGGUUUAUGAAAAAUGUUAUCCUUAAAGGCUGCUUUCCUUACAAAAUGAACGUUCUGAUGUGCGCCUGCGCAAAAUUGUUGGAAUGAAUAAUUUGCAGUUGAGUUUAACAAAACGCCACUGUUCGAGAGAGCGCUCGUUUUACUCGGUACACUUUCUGUGAUGCUUUCACACGAAGCUAGUGUACUCAAGAAUUUUCGAACAGUACAGUAAUUUCUGUUGUAUCGAGGGUGGGCGUGAUAGGAAAAAGUGUUCUGAUAUAACAGGGGGAUUGUAAAAUAAACCAAAAUGCAUUUGUUGAAGAUAGUGUUUGCAGAGAAAAAAAAGAUGGACAUUGGAAGCAGCAAUAUCUCGGUAGAAAGUGAACUCGACACUGUGAAGUAAAACUAUGUAGAGUUACGCUCUCUCAACUCUUCUCUGAGAAAAGAGAUGAUCCAGAAAACCGGAAAUGUGAGUUUGGCGUGUUGCAUUUGUAGUAGUGAGUUCGAUUCGAAUAUGCUGCGGUGUUAGAUGAAGAGAGCAUAAACUAGCAUAAAAGUAUAAGAGAAGGCAACAUAAAACAAAAUACGUGUGCGUGCGGUCAGCAGUGUAUGUGAAUGGUGCGCCUCGUGAGAAUCUCUCGAGGAUUCCAUGUUUGGAUAGAAAGAUCGGUUUUCAUUCGGCAUCUGCGUCUGUGCAAAGCACGCUUUACCAUCAGAGGAAUUUUAUCCAACAUAGAACAGACUUUAACUUCAAUACGAGCCUGAGCAGAAUCUGCACAAACUUCCAUACGCGAUUUGGGAUCUUGUGUGCGUGUUGGUUUUUGAUGUUGGGUACAAAACAAGCUAGUAUCCUGGAAGCAAUAUCACUUCAUGUGACGAGCAGAACAAUGUGACGAGGUUUUUCAAUUAGUGCUGUAUAUUUGGAAAAAAUGUUCUAUGUAUGGUACAGCUUGAAGGCAGCCUACAGCCUUUGAGCAUUUGUUGAAGAUGUGAACAGUUACCUACACCAAUUUUCUGUGCAUCGUACUAGUGUCGUAAAUUGAAAUAUAUGUGUGUAAUCUUGAUGAUUUCCUAUUUUGGAAUACAAAAAAGCAGACAACAGCGAGUGUAAUGUGAAAAAUGAGCACAAAUAAAACCUAUAACGCCAGUCACACGGUACAUGAAAAAUGUAUCUUUUUUGUCUAGUUGUGCAUAAAUGCUCAUGAUAUUAAAACAGUGUAUACAUGUUCGAAUCAGUGGGUGACCGAUUUAGUCAUCGUUUUGUAUGACGUGGAACCACAACAUGAUCACUGAGUUGUUCCUGCCGGUAUUACUAGUGCUCGUUUGCGUGCAGGUCAAUUACAGCCUGCAGUAUGAUUCGGUUGACUCGCAAUACCACUAUCCGGCAGGACCGGAGGAGUCUGGAAAUACAAUACGGUACGAUUCUCCGGAUGACUGCAAGUACCGUGUGCUACCCGGAAAUGACGUCGAUUUGGUGUGCAACUUGCGUACGGUGAACAGUGAGCUAGAUCACACCAACUUCACGGUGAUACAAUCGGAGCGUUUAUCCGCUUUAUCGAUUUAUUGCAACGAUGCAAUUCAAGUCCGCAGCAAACUUCAACCCAAAUCAUUUCUUCAUCUCGGGCGGCUCAAGCGCCUUUCUGUUGAAUAUUGUAAGAUCGCCAAAUUUUCGAGGGAUGUGUUAAGUGGAUUAAGCGAACUACGCAACUUCACCAUUCGUACGCACAAUAUCAACUGGCCCGAGCUCAAUUUAGACAUCGAAUCAGAUGCAUUCACGGAAUCACGAAACCUGGAGAUGCUUGACUUAAGCAUGAAUAACAUUUGGUCCCUACCUGAGCAUCUAUUCUGCAUGUUGAGUGGCCUCCGAUCAUUAAAUAUCAGUUUCAAUCGACUGCAAGACAUCAAUGACUUGGGCUUUCGAGAGCUUAAAGAUGGUAAGGACGGAAACAUAUCCGUCUCAACCACACAGCCAUUUAGUUGCUCUCUCGAUCUUGAGGAAUUGGAUGUGUCAAGAAACCACUUUGUUCUUUUACCUCCAGCAGGCUUCGGAAUGCUCAAGCGAUUGAAAGUGCUAAAGAUCCAUGACAACGAAAUUUCGAUGGUGGGUGAGAAGGCCCUGAAAGGAUUGAAGGAUUUAGUAGUGUUGGAUAUGAGCUCUAACAAAAUAGUUGCUUUGCCAACAGACCUAUUUAAGGAUCAAGCGCAAACUGUUCAAGAGGUCUACCUGCAGAAUAAUUCCAUAAGCGUACUCUCUCCCGGAUUACUCACAAAGCUGGAGCAGUUGCAAGCACUUGAUCUAUCAAUGAAUCAACUUACAUCGGCUUGGGUUAAUCGAGGCACGUUUGCUGGCCUAAUACGAUUGGUUCUGCUCAAUCUGGCGAGCAACAAAAUUACAAAACUGGAGUCGGAGAUCUUUUCUGAUCUUUACACACUCCAAAUACUAAAUCUACGCUAUAACCAGCUUGAAAUCAUAGCGGCCGAUACAUUCUCGCCAAUGAAUAAUUUGCAUACACUAUUACUAUCGCACAAUAAAAUCAAGUAUCUAGACGCCUACUCUUUAAACGGACUAUACGCGCUGUCCCUUUUAUCUUUGGAUAACAACGCCCUAACAGGUGUACAUCCGGAAGCAUUCCGUAACUGCAGUUCGCUACAAGAUCUGAACUUGAACGGAAAUGAGUUAACACAAGUUCCGCUUGCUCUGAAAGACAUGCGCUUAUUACGUACUGUUGAUCUUGGUGAAAACGCCAUAACAGUUUUAGAAGACCCAGGGUUUCGUGGCAUGAAUAAUCUGUAUGGAUUGCGCCUGAUCAGCAACGACAUAGAAAAUAUUACUCAAAAAGCAUUCAAGGAUCUACCAAGUUUACAAAUUUUGAACAUCGCACGAAACCGAAUUUCCUACAUCGAGAAAGGUGCCUUCGAGCUAUGCACCAACGUACAAGCCAUUCGACUAGAUGGGAACCUACUGACUGAUAUAGACGGCUUAUUCAGUAGCAUGCCGAACUUGGUAUGGCUCAACAUUUCCGAUAACCGGCUUGAGCAUUUCGACUAUUCGCAAAUACCUGUACACCUCCAGUGGCUCGAUAUGCACAAAAAUUUUCUUUCUGAGUUGACUAAUCGUUACGGGCUUGAUUUUAAGUUGCAACUUCAAACGUUGGAUGUCAGCUACAAUAGGCUUACGAGGGUUUCUUCUUCCACUAUCCCAAACAGAAUCGAGUUCUUAUUUAUGAACGAUAAUUUCAUAGCGCAUGUGGAGCCACACUGUUUCAUGCACAAGACGAAUCUCACUCGAGUAGAUUUGUACGCAAAUCAGCUUACUAGCCUCGACGUAAAAGCAUUACGGCUGCAGCCCAUACCGGAAGAAAAACAAAUCCCGGAGUUCUACAUCGGAGGAAACCCUUUUAUAUGCGAUUGCAAUAUAGAUUGGCUGCAAAAAAUAAAUCAUGUCACUUCGCGCCAGUAUCCGACCAUCAACGAUAUCGAAACUGUAUACUGCAAGCUAAUGUACGAUCGGGAACGUUCAUACGUGGCAUUAAUAGAAGCCGAACCGAAACAUUUUCUCUGCAGCUACAGCACACAUUGUUUCGCACUCUGCCACUGUUGCGAAUUUGACGCAUGUGACUGCGAGAUGACCUGCCCGAAUAACUGCCAUUGCUAUCAUGACAACAGCUGGUCCACAAACAUUGUCGAGUGUUCAGUUGCAGGCUACACGGAUAUCCCUAACAACAUACCCAUGGACACAACAGAGGUUUACCUUGAUGGCAACAACCUAAUAGAACUCUCGGGUCAUAGUUUCAUCGGGCGCAAAAAUUUGCGUGUACUGUAUGGAAAUCAUUCAAAUAUCGAAGUAAUACAUAACACAACUUUCAUAGGACUCCGUCGUCUCCUUAGUCUCCACCUGGAAUACAACGCUAUACAGAAGCUCUAUGGAUUCGAGUUUGCAGCUCUCGAGAGUUUACGUGAGCUUUAUCUGCAUGGAAAUAGGAUAGCGUACAUAGAAGAUUACACAUUUCGCGAGUUACGUAAGCUAGAAGUCCUCCGUUUGGACGGAAACCGUAUUACUAGUUUUGAAGUGUGGCAACUAUCGGCUAACCCGUACCUAGUCGGAAUCGCGCUUGCUAACAACCAAUGGACAUGUGAUUGUGGAUUCUUGAAUAAAUUGCGUGUCUAUCUACAAUCAAAUGUAGACAAAAUUGCAGAUGCCAACGAGAUUUCAUGUGUUUACAAUAAUCUAACCAGUAUCCUAAAAGAGAAGAACGGUACCAAGUGUACCUUUCGCGAAGGCAUGUCUUCAAUAGUUCAUACGCAAGAAAUUGAAGAUAUGCUACCAUUGCUGUUAGUAGCUACUUGUGCUUUCGUCGGGUUUUUCGCACUAAUUUUUGGCAUUUUCUGCUAUCGAAAAGAACUUAAGGUAUUAGUCCAAUCAAGCUGCAUCGGUGCACUUUGCUACAAGUCCAGCACAUUUACGAACGAGCAUGAAAAGGAACGAUUAUAUGAUGCAUAUAUCACCUAUUCCCUGCAGGACGAGCAUUUUGUCAAUCAAAUCCUUACAUCAACUCUGGAAAACGACGUUGGCUUCCGAUUAUGUCUGCACUAUCGAGAUUUAAGUACUAAUAAUUACCUAGCAGAUACGAUCGUUGAAGCGGUUGAUAGCUCUAAACGAGCCGUUCUAGUACUUUCCAAAAAUUUUCUCUAUAAUGAGUGGACACGGUUCGAAUUCAAAGGUGCCAUUCACGAAGUUUUGAAGCGGCGUCGAAAACUAAUCAUCAUUCUUUAUGGUGAUUUGCCACAACGAGAUCUAGAUGCCGAUAUGCGUUUGUACCUGCGCACGAACACGUGCAUAGAAUGGGACGACAAAAAGUUUUGGCAGAAACUGCGCAUAGCACUACCCCACGUCAAGAAGAGUAGCUGCCUCAAUAAACGACCAGCAAUAAAUAUCUAUGCAACCGCCAAUGAGUACAACACUACUGGACGGCAACGUCUCUCUCAGGGUUGUCCGCCUGGCACUGCUGGUACGUUGACUCCUGUGAAUAUGGGACUUCCUGUCCAGAUCAACCGACUAGAGCAACAUAGCUACGCCACGAUCGGCAAAUGUCCGCAAAACUGUGAUAACUAUAAUAUGAUUAGUAACUGUAAAUAUAACACCACUCAGCAUCUCCAAUCUCCAAACCAGCCCGAGCAGCGGAUAAACGAACUAGGGCGGAAAGCGACCGACCGACAGCACGAAUAUGCUGUUCCCUCGAACUGCCUCGUAGAUUCAUCGCACGAACCAUACAACGUGGGUGACGAUUGUAUCACUGGUGAAACAUACGAGAGCACAUCCAGCUCUAAGUAUUCUACUUCCUCUCCGGGUUCUAGUGAUGGCAGCCAUUCUAUCUCCUCCACAUGCGACAUCACCGGUGGCUCAGUCGCACAGUCUCCGAUAGGUGUAUGCCCUUCUAAUCCACCUCCUACGAACAAGUAUUCGAACAGUCAUCAACAUCAUCCUCGUCACAACAGCAGUCGAAAACAACCCAAUCCGGAAGGAAGUGGAUCGAUAAAGGAUGCCCUUGAUGCAAACAAGUCGAGCACUAACAAUUUCAAUGAUAGAAGACUGCCACAGGCCAUGUGGGCAUAACGAUUAUUAAAAAGCAUAAGGUUAGCUAAUUAUUAUUAUCGUUAAACGGAUGAAACUUUAUCUUAAGUACCUCGCCGUUGAAGGUUAAGAUUACAAAUAUUUUGAAGGAAUGAGUGAGAACAUUGUAAGAAGAGGAAUAAAAUCCUAGUGGUUUAGGAAUUGUUGUGUGUAUUCGAGGACCAUUUCUGUUACCGUUUCUCGUCCAUUCCAGCUGGGCAAAGCAAGGAAAAUGACAAGUGUAGAUCUUAAAAGAAAUUAACGCCACUCGCAGCAGUUGUAACAUUCCUGAACAAAAAGCAAUGAAAGCUACAUGCAUAAAAGGAAUUAACUAAAACCUACAAAGAAAAGAAAACAUUCUCCAAAUCGAGUGAUAUGAUGCAAAACGGGACGGCUGCGAAACGACCAGAUUGGUACGACAAAUAGUCGUUCAUGCAGUGCCUUGUGGGAGAGUUAAUGACAAAAGUGGAAUCGAAUCUCAGUCAAGAAUGAAACCAAAACCAUCUGAAUUCCAAAACAUUGAAACAAGAAUUCCUUCAAGCACAAUGUCUUUCGAUGUUGUAGAGGAAUGAACUUGUGCGGUUAGAUUGACUCGCAGCUCAAUGACAUACUCCGUCAGAAUCAAAAUAGAAGAAAUAGAAACAAUACAUAAUUCUAGUCACACUGGAAGAGAAUUCCAUUUAAGUUUUGAGGGCCAAUUGUUUUAUUUAUUAAUUCGAAUUUAAAAAAAUAUGCUAAUUCGGAAUCUGAUUUCAUAUGCGUUACCAGCCGCAGAAGGAUUAGCAUUGAGCUAAUAUGAAAAUCACAAUAAUACGAAAACAUUAAAUGUAAAUAGUGUAUCUUUACCUUCGAUAAGAAAUUUAGAAGGACUUAACCCAUAAUAUACAAAAAGGUACACGUGGGCUGUAUUACUAGAUCGAUAAAACAACUAGCCAAAAGUGAUUCUAUCUUGCUAAAAAAUGAUGAGUAAGAAAAUUAUUUUAGUUGACAUUGAAUUUAGACCUCCUAGAUUGUGGAACAUUUCAUCUCAAUUUCAAGCUUUUAUUUGCUUUAGAUUUGUAAGCUUUUAUUGUUUAAACUACAUGACAAAUUUAUUCAGCUUCCAUGAUAGGUAUGACUGAGAUUUAUAAUUGAGCUUCAUUAUCCAUGGUUCAAGAAAACAAUUGAAAAGGAACACGAAAGCAAAAAUCUAUAUGUGGAUAAACGUAGCAUAUGAUAUAAAGGCAAACAAAAUAGUACACUGCAAUCGUUAUGUACAAUUUUUUGGUAGAAUUUUCGUCAAGAAUUGUCCAACUAGAUUAUUUCUAGUUUUUGACUAACGAUCUCAAAUUCGGGUUGUUUGCAAUCUGUGCAACACUCUGUAUAUUAGAGAACCGCAGUCCAGAAUAUCCAUGCAUAAAACUCAUAACAUCGAAGAAUAGCCACAUUAAACUUGUCCCCAAUGGAAUAUUUUUUAAAGAAAAAGGUACAUGAUUUGGUUUUUUAAAUAACAAUCAAUCAGAAGUAUUGCUACCAAACCUGACCCCUGCAUGUUUCAUUAUCUAAAUCCGCACUAUACAAAACCCCUUACACAACCAUAGCAUUUACACUCUCUCAAUAAAGCCAACGAGUUAAUACAGCAAUGUAAAAGGUCAAUGAUAGAAAUAUUCUAUUCAUCUGAUUAAAUGUUGAUUCCAGAGAGUAACAAAACAUGAUCAUGUUCUGCCAAUGAACAAGAAUUUAGGUAUAAACUAACGAAACUUGUUCCUGUGCUGCAAAUGUGUUGAGUGCUUAAUUAUCUUGUGAUUGUUAAGCAAAUUACCAGCCACAAAGUUUCAAUCCUAAAAUACAAUACAUACAUAGCUUUUAUCAGUUCGGAGCAUAUUACAACAAUUUGUAUGAAAUGAGAACAAGUGAAAAGAAAUUAACUACUGGUUGCACAGAAUACCGGAAAGAAUGUGUCGUUAUACAACGUAACGAGAACAGCUGUAGCUGCUCUAUGUACAGAUCAAUAGCAGAUGGACUCGAUGAAUUGUAAAAAAACAUAAAUAAUAAUAAAAAAUCCAA